CAUAUGUCUGUACAUUUUACACAGAAAGAUAACCGAGUUUGUCCAUCUGAGGAACAGCUAAUAGUAUUUACAACUUGUAGUGAUCUUUAUACGGGAUGUUUAUCCUGGUUUUCAUGUUAUCCUCAGUUGAUGCUGUAACCCUGACCGGGUCGUCUGAGUACGCUGUCCCUGGGACUGAGUUUACACUGACGUGUAAUGUACCGGAGGAGGCCAACUUUGUUCAGUUUUACCGCCGUCCUGACGUCACUACUACAGUAGGUAGUAUACAAGUAGCUGGUGACCAAUGUUACAACACCAAAGCCAGCCCACCCGUCCCCUGUACACCGGAUGUCUGUUCCUGUGUAACGUCUGGUGGCCUUGGUACAGUGUUCCGGUGGAUCAUACAGCCACAGACGGGAGACCAUGGAUCUGUGUGGUACUGUACACGUACCAACCUUAACCUACCUAAUCAAAGACUGGACAGUGCUAACUACACGCUUAUGGUGGCAGAACAAGUGACCAGCAUUACUCUACAGAAUCCGCCCCCACCAACACCAGAACACCACACCAUUGUCUUGAGUUGCGUUACCAGUCCCUGUCGACCAGCCGCCAGUGUGCUGUGGUCAGUUGGAGGGGUAAACUUUACAUCAUCCAGUACAUCUUCUGUAUCUCCUGCGUCCCUGUCCUACGUAACAGUGAGUAGACUGACCCUGACACUGACCAGAGCUAUGAACGGACAAUCCGUUGUUUGUUCUGCUUACAACACGGUUGGCAGCAUUAUUUCGGACACACAACAGACUACCUUGGAUGUACAGCAUGGUCCUACCACAUCCGUGUCUCUGUCUACGCCUGGGGAUACCUUCACGGGAAAUGAGGGGGACACGUUACCGGACAUCACCUGUACAGCAGACUGUAGACCUGGCUGUACCUUUGUCUGGACACGACCGGACAACACCAACUUUACUGUCUCACCUGUGUUGUCACUGGGACAACUGGACAGAUCAGAACAAGGGACAUACGUCUGUACUGCUCGAAAUGAUAUCGGGGAGUCAAACAAAACAUACAGUCUCUAUGUACGCUGUAAGUAUUCUCUCUUAAUCAAUUGAGUUUGCUUAAAUAGGAGAAAUAUUAUUUUUAGGAGAAUAUAUUUGUCUGAAUAGCAGGGGGAGGGGGGUUGAUAUAGCCGAGUAAACAGCUGGUCUAAUGCCAACACUAUGGGCUAUUGCUGAUGGUGUUUCUUCAUAUUUUACAAUUUAAUUACUACAUAACACUUCUUCUCUCCUUUCAACCAAAGUAUAAUUUAUUGUAUUUAGUCGACACGCUUUACUAUUUUCAUUAUUAGAUAGAAACAUGUGGUUGUUUAUCUCAGCUUCCUGUGUACCUUGUAGUACACUUUUGACAUCUCUAAAUAAUACUAUUAGGCGCGAAUAGAUAUCACACCUAUUAUUCAACAUUAUAUUCCUUUUUUCUUCUUUUCUUCAUUUUCUCGCAAGAGUUUAUGCUACGUCUGAAUAGUGGCAACAUUCUUAGAGGCCGGAUGGGAUAAAAAUUGCGUUUUGAUAUCAGAAGAAUAUUGUUUUUUUUUAUUUUCAUCCUGCAGUAUCAUUCGGUAAAACAAGGCCAAACGACGCUUGUUUUUUUUCUCAACCAAGAUGUAUUACAUUGCGUCGAAAAGAAUAUCAGCCGGUAUCGUAAUAUAUAUAUAUAUAUAUGAAAUAAAUCUGUUUUAAAUAAUAAAGUGCAAUUGAUUUUAGUAAUAUAUGUUUUUCAUAUAACUUGAUAAACAUAAAACUUCAAUAAUCACAUUUCUAUUGUUUUAUUUCAGAUCAAACUAGAGUUUUCAUAUUCACACUUUAUCUUUGCAGCAUAUUUCUCUCUGAUAUUUUACACAUUUUUAUACACAACACAAUAUAUACACACAUUGGCAUUGUUUUAUUUUGUGUCAUCUCUCCUAAUCGUACAAACAUUGUUUGUCCUUGUCUUUGUGCUUUGUCUUUCAUCGAUUAUCCAGUGUGACGUGACGUUAGUGUAGUGUGUUAUUAUCUUGGUCUUGUGUUAGUGAGCGUGUGGGACGUUGAGAGAAGGCAUAUGGCUAUAUUGGGUGGAGUUCGGUUGGGGCUUGUUUUUUUCUAAGAUUAGGAAGACGAAUCAAUGGAUAGAGAUGACUACCACGUUAAACCAAGCCAUGGCAAUAUCAUGCAUGAGGCCAUACAGCUUCGAGAUUGCAGGGUUUACCAGCACGAAUGAACAGCCAGUCAUUUAGUUACCUUACUGAAGAACAUGCAUGAGGCCCGACUCAUGGAACGAAGAGGAAGGCGUUCCUCCCUAAGACACGGACUAGACGGCCUCACAACCUGUUUCAUAUGAAACACGAUCCACCUAAGUAAAGAUCCGACCAUUAAAUGCGGCUUUGUGGAUUCAUUCUACCUGUGAUGAUGACGAAUUAGAUUAGGAUGGACACAUAUCUCCUUCCAAACCACUGAAGAUUUGUCAACGUCAUUGAUUUCGACAUCUCUGGAAUAAAAAGCUACACAAGAAAUACGACGGAUAAUUUAAAAAAAACAUACAGUUCCAGUCAUUGAGGCAAAAUGUGAAGGUUUUUGACAAAAGACUUUAUAUAUUGAUGAGUACAAUCAUUAAAUGCCACCCAUGUAUACGAUUGAUCCAUUAAGCAUCUACAUUUAUUGAUAUGCCGCCCUUUUUAGAUAUAUUAAUACACAUCAACCAUCUAUAGAAGACACAGAAAAGUUUCAGUGAAUGUCGAUUUCACGUUUCUUAUAUCAAACGACCUCUUUCAAUAGCUAUCUAUAUGGCGUUACAUUUUAUAGAUAAAUUAUACAAAGUAAUAAAGGAACGCGAUGUAAAUAUAUUUAGGCAAGAUGUAAGUGGGUGUUAUUUUAGGAGAUUUGACACCGCCUUCCAAUCCAAAAUUAUCUUAAUGGAGACAUUGAGGCA